AUGAAAAGGUUUAAGGAAGAACCAAAUGCAUCUAAUAGCAAUGAGAUAUCAGAUAUGGAAGAAUAUACUGGUUAUGUCCUACAAACUGAAACCGACGCAAAGCCUUCAAGGAGAAUAUUAAGAAAUACGCUCAACUCUAUAACUCGACUUCUUCAUGAGUCUGAAGAGAAAGAGCCAAGUAAUCUUAUGAUGCUUCUCAACAAAUCUACAGGAUUCUAUGGAGUAUUAGAGUUCGAUAAUGACCAAGUCCCACCUUUACAUAGAGAAAAGAUCCCAAAUUGCUGGAGCCUAGUUGCAGUAACAUUAACUGCCAUUUCCCUUGCACUUCCUGAAAUUGCAAACAGCCAUGUCAAGGGGUUACUGGCUGGUUUGCUCAAGGCAAGAAAAGCAACUAGACGUGUGUGGACAGAUGUUGAAGUAUACUGCAAGUGGCUACAAAUUGAUCUUCAAAAGAUGGCUCGUAAAGGAGAAACAUCACAGAAAAUUCUUCAAUGGUUGGGUGAUGAAGCAGCAAAAAUUGUGAUACAGUUCAAGAGAAGCAAAGACGGAAGUCUGGAUCAUUCACUUUGUAACUUCAUUGCUGCGAGUUCAAUGUACAGGAUCAGCCAAACCAUACUACUUCACUGCAAUGAGCAAGAAAAUUGGCCAAUAGAUGAGGAACUUUUUGAGUUUAUAUCAACCAUAAUCGCAGAUCUGCUAUGUGCUUGCUUUACCAACGUACCACGUGUCAUAACCAUGAAGUGUCAUGAUGAUGCAAUAGAGAAAAGGGAAGACAGCAUUCGAAUUGCAGCUCAGCUUCUUGGUAGAUCCAAAAAGAUCCUGAAAAUGCUUAAAAGCGCCAACUUCCCAACUUAG